UAAUUAUAUUAAAAGAACUGUGUUGCAGAAUACGUGGCACAUCUUCGUGUGUAUCAUAUAUAUCAGAUUUAGAACAAUCAGUUGACAACGUCGUAUGAGAUUAAUAACGAUGAUGAUACAACUAUUAUUCUUAAUUCCCUUGAUCGCUAUUGACUAUGGUGCAUCAAUGAAAUUAGUAACGAGAAUUGUAGGAGGAAGACGUGCCUAUCCAGGUGAAAUCCCAUAUCAGGUUUCUCUGCAAAAUGGAAAUAAAAUGCAUUUUUGCGGUGGAGUUAUAAUUGACAAGGAUCACGUGCUUACCGCUGCUCACUGUGUAUUUGGUGCAAACCCUUCAGAGUUUUCGGUCGUUGCGGGAACAACAGAUCUACGAAAACGGCAUUCAAGGCAUCUGGUUCAGUCUAUUUUCGUACACGAAGGAUUCGAUUCCCCACCUUACGCCAAUGAUAUCGCUUUACUUAGGCUUCAAAAGCCAUUAAAAUUUUCUUCUCGGAUAUGUCCUGUCGAUUUACCGAAACAAAAUCAAACUGUCAAGGAAGGCUCGAUAGCAGAAGUAUCGGGAUUCGGAAUAAUAUCUUCUGAAGGAGAGGAGUCUGAUGGACAUUUAUACGUUGUAGACAAUAUCAUAACUAAUCAGGCUUAUUGUAGAGAAUUGUAUGAUACAGCAGCAAAUAUAACUAUUCAGGAUUCGCAUAUCUGCGCUAAUGAUCCAACCAUACAAAAAGGUGCAUGCGUGGGUGAUUCCGGUGGCCCUCUUACUGUCAAUGAAUUACUAGUAGGACUCGUCUUGUUUGGGCUUUAUCCUAACAUUUGUACUGUCACAGAACAUCCCACUGGGUAUGCACGCGUUUCAUCGUACAUCGAUUGGAUGAAUGAGAUUAAGAAAAAAAUUUAAACGAAAUAUAGUAAUCUCUGUUGAUAUUUAAUGAUGUGUACAAGAAAAUGGAAAAAUGAUGUGUAUAAUUAAACGCUCAAAUGUGGAUGUCAUAUGCAAAUUGUUAA